UGGCUAAGAAGUGAAAAGCAAGCAACGAAGCCGCGAGACGGGUCCGAGAGAGACUUGACCGAGAGACCAGCUUGUGUGCGAAAUCAGGCGCGGUGAGUCGCGCCGCGAAGGAGAGCGAGCAGGGGAACGGGGACGAGGAUGCACACACCACGACGCCUACAGAGAGAGACAGAGGCUUCAGGAGAAAGAGGGCAAAGGACGCAGCCAGCUGAAGGAGCACGAGGCGAAGAGACGGCAGAAGAAAGGCGUCAGCGCGCUCCAGGAGACACCGACCACCAAAGUACCGGCAACAACGGAAGAUGGGGGACGGAAAGGAGGUCCACUACAGGAAGGGAGCAGAUCAUGAAAAGAGAGACAACUCAAAAGAAAUACAACUCAAAAAACCUCGUACAACACCGAGUUUUCACCGAGAUAAAGAUGCAACUAUCGUUGCCUUCUGACUUGCGAUCGUCGUUCGCUCCCUCCUGCUCUGCCUCUUCGUCUUCGUUUCUCGUUUGCCUUCCCUGCUCCUCUGCACCAUGUUUCUGACUUCUUUCUUCGCCGGAACCAGACCUCUGAAGACAUCUUCCCCGACGUCCGCUGACUGUUCCUCCUCUUCCUCCUCUUCGUCCUCUUCGUCCUCUUCGUCCUCUUCGUCUUCCUCCUUUUCUUCUCUCUCUUCAUCGCCAUGUUCUUCUCGCGGCCUCAUCCGCGACCCGUUGCCCUCGUCGCCGUCUCUCUCUGCUCAGCCGCCGUGGCUGGAUUUGCAGGAAGCUCUUCGGCGGCAAUUGCCGCAACGGAGCGGGGCUUCUGCUUCAGCCUCACCUCCGAAAGCUCCGAGUGCCUCGCCGCCUGGCGCUCAACCUGCCGUUGCUGCUCCGUGGACAGACCUCAGAGACGUUCUUCGCCAGCAGCUUGCUCCAGAAAGACACGACGCUUCUUCUUCUCCUCAAAUCCCCUCUUCUCCCCAAUCUUCUUCUCUUCCCUCCUCUUCUUCACUUCCUUCUUCCCUUUCUUCGUCUCAGUUGUCUUCUUGCCCGUCCGGAGGCUCUUUCCUCCCCUCCUCUGGCACUGACGCUGUGUGUCGGUUUUCGUCGACUUCUCCUGUCUCCCCUCCAGCGGAUGCCUGCUUGACUUCCGCGGUGGGUCUUGAGACCGACAAGACUGAGGCGUCUUCUCCCGGGCAGCCUCAGGCACUGUCGACCGACCGCGAUGGCUCUGCUGUCUCUUUCCGCUCGUCCUCGCUUUCCGGAGACAAGAGACAGGUGGAAACACAGACCGCGACGAGAGUGCCGGGUCCAGGUGGUUUCGAGCUCCGCGAGAACGCGAGAAGCCGCGCGAGUGACCAGGACGGAGGCCACCGCGAAUCGCUUCUCCGACCUUCCUCGCCAUCUCUUGGGUUUGAUCCUUUUGUCUCCGAGAACCCACCAGCUUCUCAAACUCCAGCGGCUUCCACGUCUCUCAUCCCAGCUUCAUCAGACUGGACUUCUGCCAGCGCGGCCUCUUCUUCACGGCUACCCUGUCUCAACACUCGCAACAGUUCUCCCCUUCCGGUUCUCAUGGAUGCCUCAUCGUCUUUGUCCUCUUCCUCGUUUUCCUCUUCCUCGUUUUCCUCCUCUCUCUCGGCUUCCGAAGGAGCUGGGCGCAGCUUCGCAGGGGCGCUGGACAGCUUGCUUGUGGGCGAGACGCGGAGAGAGAAGUCGAGUAUCUUCGCCGCAGGCCGCGUUCUGCAGGUGACCGCUCGCGGCUUGUCGUCUACGCGGAACUUCCUCCUUGGCGAGAACUCCUUUCGAGACGGAGCGGACGGGGACGAGGAGACCCGUGAGCGACAAGCCGCUUCGGGCGCGAUGAGGUCCCAGAGGAGGCCCGACGGGGCAGAGGCGAAGGGCGGGGAGAAAGAGGCGAGGGGAGGGGAGGCAGAGCCAGGAAGCAGCAGCGAACGAAUCCGAGAUCGAGGAGCGGCUGUUCUCUACCUCGCAGACCAAACGGCCUCGCGCAUGCGCUUCUUGUCGACAAAGAAGUACCUCGAAAAAUGGCUUCCUCGCCGUCUCUCCCGCACACGGUUCGCCGCUUCCGGCCUCCUUCCCGACCCGACGCGGUGGACAGAGACUGCGUCCUGGCUAGCCACACAGCUGGCGCGCGAGAGCUUGAGAAGAGAAGAAAAUGCCGGCCUCCGAAGCUGGCUUCUCCUCCCUGAGAGGCCCUUCGCGCCCCAUAGAGAAAGAAUAGCACGCGUUCCUGUAACGGGUGAAACACGAGAAGCAGAAGACGCCGAGAACUGGAGAGAAGAAGGAUACAGACAAGAAUCACGAGGCCGAGGAGCGGGGAGCAGCGUAGAGGCUGAAGGAAAAGAGAAGGUCUUUCUUUCGAGUGGAAGGACCCUCGAAGAUCCUCGGCAAGCACACGAGUGGGGAGACCGGCAGAGAGCCCACCAGCUGCGAGACAGAGACUCGCUUCCAGACUUGUGGGAGCUGCGGAAGGCAGUGGCGGAGCAGAGAAAUGCACUCGAGAGAGCCGAGAGAAAUGCGGAAAUGCAAGAGAAAGGAGACUGCGCUGAAGGACGCGUGGCACACUGGCUGGCCCAGUGCUCUGCGCGCCUCGAUGCGCGGAUUCGCGCCGAGGAAGAGCAGCUUCAGCGGCUAAGAAACGAUGAUGAGUGGACUUCUGGGGAGGAUGGAGAAGGAGAGGGAGGAUGGAUGAAGACGGGGUCAAGGAAGACAGGAUCAGGGAAGACAGGGGGUCUGGUGAAAGCCACCGCAGCGAGUCUCGCCUUGGUCGGAGCCUUGGGCCGGCAGGUGCAGGACGUCCAGCAGUCUGUGUUGCGGCGCCUCGGCGGGCGUGACGGCACGAACGCGGAAGAGAGAACGCGCGCAGCGAGCGAGCGAGGUGGAGAGAACGAGGGGAGACGUGAAGAGGAAGUGUUGAUGAAGGAGGCCAUGGGGCAACUGGCGGAAGUCGCUCUGCUGGAAAUGAAGGAAAGAUUUCUCACGCAGCUGACGCAUCUCCUAGAGCUGACAGAGUCUGCGCGGCGGCUCCUGGACCGUCUGGUGCUCCUGACUCCGUCCGACUCCUCUGCUUCGCCUGUCGCCUUUUUGUCCAGUGCCGGACACCUCCUCGUUCUUCUCACGCAAAUCUCAGAGCAGCCCCGCGUGCAGGCGCUACCACCGGCGACUCGCGCGCAUGCGAAUCAGAGACUCCGUUUCCUCGUUCAUCGCGCUCGCUGCUGCUUAGUGGCGUUCGUGACAGUUGCGCUCAAGUCCAUAGAGUGGGGCCUGCUGGUUCCGAAGAAGGUCGGCUCUGCGGCGGAGACGGACGGCGCACCUGAGGCGCAAAGGCAGGCCUUGCCGGACGAGAACGACGCGGAAGAGCGGGGAAACGCGACUCCGUUUUCGCCGCUGUUUCUCGCUCUCGGAGGCCUUUUUGCGCUGCAGGAACUAGAAGGAGCAUGCACCGAGGCGAUGACCGAGAAGAAGAGGUGUGACGAGCAAGUAGGACAGCGGAAGGGCGCAGCAAAGGUGGCGGAAGAGCCGUGGAAGACGGCCAGAUGCGCCGUAGGACAUACUGCGGUCUCACAUCCUGAAAAGGUCUGGGCGAUUCAAGCCCUGGCGUCUCCUCUCGCUGCAGCCUUCCAGUUCCACUUCUGCAGAGAAGGCGGGCCUUUGCUGCGCCUGGACAAGCCUGAGUGGGCGCGUGAGUUUCUCCUAAAGCAGCUGGAGCGCCACGAGGAUUUGCUCUACGAUUCAGCCGGUGUCGACUGGGUCGACCCAGAAGACUGCAGGGUGGAUCGGGUCCUGCAACGCGGCCGCUCAACAGGCUCUCUGAGUCUGCGUCUCGUUUUCCACUUUUUCCUCCCUCACCUUGCGGACAAUUCUCCGCUGUUCGACCGACAGCUGCCUGCGUCGUCGCCUGGGCAUCUCAGCGGUCUGGAAGGCCAACUGAGAGCGAAAGGAGAGAUGCACUUGUUGUCUGCGACCGAGUGGGAACAGGACGCAGAAGGAUUGCAGGCCCUGGAAGUCGCGGCGUGCUCUCUCUGUCUCCACGUGGACCCUGCGGAGGGCCUGCAGUUCAUCCUUGCGGAUACGUUUCGACAGUUUCUUCUCGACCGCAUGCCUGCCCUCGUUUUCGUCCCUGUCUCUUCUUCUGUCUCCGAUCCUCUGCCUCUGUCCAACGCCUCGCAGGAGGCGCUUCGGGCUCCUGUGUCUCCUCUCAGGCCCGCGGAAGGGGCCUGGCAAGCAGGGACACCGAAACAGGACGGCGAAGGCGCCGCUCUCGUGGGCGAGAGUCGUGUUGGAGCAUUGUCGCCGCGAGCGUCCGCGGCUGCGGAACUCGAGGUUGCGGCACCCUAUAGCGGUUCCGCUUCUCUGUUUCUCUUUCAUCUUCAGCAGGCUCUCGAUUUGUUCGCUUUCUACAGGGACCAGGGCAGCGUCAGGGCGGCCGGCGUCGUCAUGCGCGACUUCAACGAAAACACGUUGAUCUACCCCCCGGGAGAAAAGCGUGUCUCGCCUCAGAGCCGAAGGAGGCGAGGCGGCGACGAAGGGCAAAGUCGAGACAAGGAGACAUCCAUGGAGACACGGAGCGAGCAAGACAGGAAGGGGACGAACGAGGCGGUCCGCGCAGCACCGGGAUCGUCUGGGGAUCAACGUGCAGAGGAAGCGAGACAGGCGAGAGCCGGCGAGGAGGGAGGCGCGACAGAGAAGGACAAAGGAAAAGACCGCACAGGGACUGGUGGCUUCUCUCUUCUUCGUGGCCUUGUCACAGCUGCCCUUCGUGAGGACGAAGACAGCGACAGAGAGAGCAUGGCGAGCGAGGGAGAGAAGGCGCAGCAGACUCUCUCUCCAGCGGAGAAGAGGAGGCAGAGAGGCGAAGUGGAAAACCCAGAUUCCGCCGGGGGAGCAUCAGAGAGGCGAGAACGCGACACAGGCGAUACUUCCGACUCCGCGCGGUGGGAAAAAGGUGGCGAGGAGAGCGACACCAAGCUGGAGGAAAAACAAGAAGACUGGCUCUCUUUUCGGUUCUUCGACAGUUCAAAGAGGGUGGACAAGUCGUUUCCAGGCCCCAUCGGAAUGCUCGAGUUCUGGAUCACUCUCGAUGCGGCUUUCCUGAGUCGAGAAAUCGAGCAACUCAUUGCCGAUGGAGCAGUGACUCAGCCGCACGCACUCGCGACGUUCCUUCAGCACUCCGCAGAGCUCCAAAGUCUCCUCGCAUUUUCCAACGAACUGGUCGUUGCUGCGGUGGCCCUCUUCGACGCUGCGUCUCCCCGCGUGGGGGCCUUGUCCCAGGACGACGCGAUUGAGAGCUUCUACAAAGGCGUCUUCGGCCCUCCUCUGCGGCGGCUGUUGGAGACACUCAAGGCUGCAUGGAACAGCCUCGACUCUCUCGCUGCAUCUCCCCCUCUCUGUGGACUCCUCCUCGAAUCGACGAGCGCCCUGUGCCUGUACUUGGAUCCUCAGAAGUGGCUGGCCGAGCAGAAUCCAGAGCAGUGUCUCGAGAAAGAGGACGCUGCCGUCUUUCUCUUGCGCACCUUCUUCCGACGCUUCCUCUCAUCUGAGGUCGAGGCCCUCGAAACGAUGCGGAGUCGAAUGGAGGCGUUUGUCCUCCUGGAAAUCUCUGAGCACGUGGAGGCGGCGGCGCCUCGGCUGGCCAAGGCUGUCGCUCCGCUGGAUACUGCUCUCGGUCUUUUGGAAGGCUUCACAGCUCCUCUGCAUGCUCGCCUGCAAAGAGAUUUGCGAAGACAGGCUCUCCACCAGAUAGAUCAACGGAUCCUUGAGGAGGCCAGCUCGAGCUUGGCGCAUUCCGCAGCCGGGGACAGUCGACUGCUACUCGGGGAAAACUGCAUGCAUAUACGAAAUGAGUCUUGGCGUCUCCUCCCGUCGAUCGUCGCAGCCACUCCGGCGACUGGACCAGAAGCAGCAGAACCGUGUCCCCGAACUUCUGCCGUGGCUAGGCUGCUCCUGGAGCCGACAGCGGUCUCACAGGAAAUGUCCGUCUCAGCAUGGGAGACGGAGCAUGUUCAAGGCGCCUCCAAACCUUCGCUACAUGCCUCGGUAAAAGAACAGGAGAAUCGACCCUUCGACCCCAACAAGAAAGAGGAAACACAGGAGCAGGACCGCGGUGGACAACCGGCGACCGAAGAACAGCAGCAAGUCUACAGAGGAGACAAACUGAACUUCUUCAGGAAUCCUCUCGCCCGCGUGCAGCACGCAGCGGGGGCCUUCUGGCAUCUCGCCUCUGUUGAGAGCGAACGAGGAGGCGUCUCAGAAGAUUUUAGAACUCGAGGAGACAUGCGGAGUUUGCGUGACGGUAGUGGGGAGAGCAGGAUGUGCGACAAAGAAGUAGAAGUUCUUGAAGAGGCAUUCAACCUUCCACGCGGCGUCCUGACUUCUCAUGAACUUCUCCAGCUUGUCAGUCUGCAUCGGGCAAUCACGCACUAAAGCCAGUGCAAUGAGGGACUUGCGAGGCGACUUUGGAGGAGAACAGCCAUACAGGAAUGAUGAGUUAGACCGUUUUGAACCCAUGUUCAAACGUGAUGCAUGCUUUCGCAACUCUGUAGACGAUAAAGGAAGUGAAAAGGGGAUGGGAGAAAGCCAGACUGGCAUGCAACAUGGCAGCUGACUGCCACAGAAGGGCAGCAUACGACGCCGGUCGAAAGGGAAAACAAGAGGCCAAGAUGAACCUGAGAAGUUACGAGUUACAGCUCACGAUCGAAACGGUUCCAG